AUGGAGAAAUUAUUGUCUUUACCUAGAAACUAUGAAUAUAGCUAUUUUAAAGCUGAAUUAAAUGGAAGAACAUCUUUCCGGAUUAAAUCCGUUUUCAAUGAAGAAGAUUGUGUUAAAUGGCUUAAUGAAUUUGGUGAUGAACAAUUGGUUACCUGGAAAAUACUAACUACAUUUCCAAGAGCAGGUCGGGUAAAUUCCUAUAAAUCAGUUUGGAGAUGCCAACAUAAUGUUUACCCCAAAAUAAAAAUGCAUAAUUCCAAUUCCAAGCAUACUGAAUGCCAGGCCAAAGUGACACUAUUUUUGAAAAGAUAUUUGAAAGGAUCUAGAAGUAAGGAUCCAGAAUAUCAUUUGAAUAAAGACUGGCCUUUCUUCGUAGAACUACAACCAUCACAUAACCACCCUCUAGAAGCAGCUUCUGCUUUAGUGCACAGACCCGUCAGCAAUGAAGUCAAAGAAAAGUUACUCGGACUAUUUCAUUGCGGACACAGCGCAUCUUCUGCUAGAGAAGCGCUAAAAUUGGAAUUGUUUAUUAAUGAUGUAGAAAAUUAUCAUGUGAAUUCUGCAGAUGGAAAAUAUUUACCAUCAUUGUCUAAAAUUCAACAUUUCUUGAAUAAUGAGUAUAAUAAACAAUAUGGCUCGAAAUCAGAGGAUAAUUUAGAAAUUUUAAAAAAAUUGAUAAACGAAUUUAAUGAAAAUGAUUCUGAUGGCAAGGCAAUUUUUGGAUUACAUAACAACCAUAAAUAUGUUGCAUUAUGUACACCAAUUAUGGCAAGAGUGACAACAGUAAAAGAAAAAGGUAUUCUAACUUUCAUGGAUAGUAGUAAAAAAAGAAAGGAUGGGAAACACAUUUUGUUAAAGGAUGAAACCUCUGUAACUGUUCAUGAAAAAUGCAGAAAAAUCUACAAUAAGCAGUCCUACAUUGAUGCUGCACUAGCUGAGCAGUCUUCUAAACCUAGCGCCUCUAGGAGAUCGAAUCAACCGCUGUUUGAUUUCAAGGGACACUGUCUCUUUUGUGGAAAAGAUGCCUCCGAUCAAUUUAUAGAAAGUCACAAAAAAUUAAACCAAUCACGACGCGAAAAAGUUCAUGAAGUGACUAAACUGGAUUUUAAGCAAAAGGUUAUUGAUGCAGCUAAAACAACCAGGAAAAGUGAUGAAUGGAGUAACGCUGUAGUUUUUCGAAUUGAAAAUGAGAUUGAUCUUAUUGCAGCUGAAGGGAGGUAUCAUGGAUCAUGCUGUAAAAAUUAUUUCGGAGAAUAUGUACAAUCAGGAACAAAGCGAGGCCGCCCAGAGGAUGAAGAAGUGACGGCUGCAGUAGAUUACAUAUGCAGAUACCUUGAAGCAAAUGAAGACCAAUGCCAGUUUGUACUGAGUGAUAUUCUCAAAGAUUAUAAGCAAAGCCUGAUGAGAGCUAUGAAAAGUUCAGGAGGUUUGAGUCGCGGCAGAGGAAUAACGGACAGCACAUUGGCUAAAUGGGUUGCGACCAUGCCUACAAUUAUGGAGGUAUCCCAGCAGGUAGAGAGCUUUUGUGGUGUUUCAUUCUGCACUACUGAACAACAUGUGGAUGCAAGGUUAUCGAGAAUUACUAGAGAUAACAGUGACUGCAAGAAAUUCGUAGACUGGUUUCUUUGCCACAACCCCUUUCCAGUAGGAGAGUACGUAAUGUCACUGUCUACCGGAGUUAUAGGAGAUGAAAACGUAAAUUGCCAUCUUUCAGACCAAAUCGGAAGUUCCAGUCUCGAAAGCAUUAUUGGAAGCAAUUUUGGUCAAGUGAAGUUCUCCAGAAAGAAAAGAGUGCUACCAAUGCGUGGCUUCACCAGCAGUGUCAAGUUGCAUAACGAAGUAGUGCCAGUUGACCUAUAUACCAUUUUCAGGAGAAUCUCAUUUCAUAAAAAAACCGAAUACGAACUCAAAAACUACUUUACAUAUGAAUUGGCUCCAUACCCACCAUCUUCAUUUGAUGAACAAGGAAUGAUGAGGAAGUCACGUAAAUCCGUUUUCUAUGAUUUGUUUAAUCCAGUGGAAACCCCGUCAAACAUCGGAAGUGCACUUUAUGUGAUCGACGGUGGCUUUCUACUUCACCGAGUACCGUGGGAGUUGAGGGAAAGAUUCUCGUCAAUACUUAACAAAUACGUGGAAUAUGUCAAAAAAUACUUUGGGUCACGAUCAAUCAUUGUAUUUGAUGGCUAUCCAGACGACCCUGGAGAAAAGAGCACAAAAUCUGCAGAACGCCUCAGAAGAAACAAGUUCAUGGCCGCAAAUGUUAAGUUUGACGAAUCCAUGUUAUUGACAAUAUCAAAAGAUAAAUUUCUUUCGAAUGAAGGAAACAAAAAACGAAUGAUCUCAAUGCUGAUCAAGAAAUUUUCAGAGGAAAAUAUCUCUGUCGAACAAGCUGCAGAGGAUGCCGAUAUAACCAUUGUCCGACGAGCUAUGGAAAAUGCUACACACUCUGAAUGUGUGGUUGUGGUAGGAGAAGACAUAGAUCUUUUGGGCGAACAAGUUAUUGCGGCUUUGUAUGCCGGAUCGCUUCUCCGAUCUUCCUCUCUGAAUGAAAUACGCUUUAAACUGUUCACCAAAUCCUUAGUACAAAAUAACUUCAACCUGGCUACUCUUCCUGCAACUGAAGAAGCUGCUAGACUGCACUCAAUGAGGGCCUUCCUACAGGUUAAUUUGUGGAAUGGUCAUGAUAUGGAUCCAGUUCAAUGGGGAUGGAAGAUAACUAAGCAUGGGCUGCUCCCAGUACCAUCGACAGCCGAACAAGCCCCGCAGGAGUUGCUUAAUAACACUGCCUGCAAAUGUUCAAAGGGGUGCCGAAAUGCGUGUGGUUGUAGGAAACAAGGAAUGAAAUGUUCUCCAAUAUGCUAUAAUUGUAGAGGAGCGUCCUGCAGCAAUACACCAGAUGAAAUUAUUGACGACACAAACUUAAUGGACGACGAAGUAAAGCUAUCUGAGACUGAUGACGAACUUGAUGAGCUUCCGGAUGACGAAGACCUUAAAGUGGACCAAUUGAUUCAGUCAGCUUCUACUUCCAAACGCAGCAAAUUCAAUUAACGUUAAAUGUAUUUAAUGUAUUUUUAUGUGAAUUAUCUACAUAUUUAAACUUACAUCAAAGCCAUUUGUACUUAAACUCAAUUUUUUACGUCUCAAUUACACAUUUACAUCACAAUGGCGCUUUAUUUUUAACAUGGCUGUUUUUUGAACCUUAAUAGCGUCCAUACCACUUGACCCAAAUAUAACUAUGUGGUGUCCAUUCGACGUAGAAUUUCACGUACUUCCAUUUAUAAAAGAGUAAAAUUUUCAUAGAAAUGCACCAUUUCGGAGUAAUCAGUGAAAAACUGAAAAAAUACAAAAAAAUGGAGGUUUUUGGGACACCCCGUAUGUAGCACAAGCGGAAAAUUGGUGCAAACUUUAAAAACCCCUUUUUACAUGCAAAUAAAGAGAUUAAUACCAUUUCCAGCUUUCCGAGAAUUAUUUCGCCUACAAACCCU